AUGACGAAAGGAUACCUCAUGAACAGUCUCGUGGAGAAGAUGCAGUCGGGCGAUCAGGAUUUCAGGUUUAUGGGCCUGAACGACCUCAUGUCCGAGAUCAAGCAGGACCCGACGUGCUUUCUUGGCGAUGAAUCCGUCGAGACCAAAGUCCUCAAGCAGGUCCUAUCCCUAGUCGAAGACAAGAUAUCCGAAGUGAAAAACCAAGCCGUCAAAUGCCUCGGCCAGUUGAUCAAGAUCAUCCGGCAGACACAGAUGGAGCUUGUUGUCGAUAGGUUGAUCGAGUUCUCUGGAGGGAAGGAAGAGGAGUUGCGGGAUAUAUCUGCUCUUGCUCUGAAGACCAUCACUGCCGAGUUGCCACCUGAUGGCAAAAUAGCAGCGUCUGCGUGCGCGAAGCUUAGUCCCAAGCUUCUAGAGCAGCUACAGAACCCGGAGACGCCCCCAGAAGCCUUGGUCGAGGCAUUGUCUAUUUUGUCGAUCCUGAUCAGCCGCUUCCCAGCAAAUCUAUCGAGUGCAGACCUCAAGCCGGCGCCGCUCACUGUGCUCGCGCCUCUGCUGUCACACUCCCGCCCCGUGGUGCGCAAACGGGCGAUCAUCACCCUUUCCCAGUUCAUUCCCAUCUCCCCGGUCGACCUAUACCAGGGUCUGCUCAAAGCAGAUGUAUUCCCUUUCCUUGCGCCAUCCGCCAGCAUCGACAAGCAAAGAACCACUGUGCAACUGACCGCGGCUGUAGCUCGCGCAUCGCCGUUGCAAAUAUCGCCCGUCUUGGGGGAGUUGGUGCCUGGGAUUCUGAAGGCUAUACAGCGAGACGACAGCGAACUUCGCGAAAGCUGUCUGCAGGCUUUGGAGGUGUUCGUGUUGCGAUGCCCAGCAGAAAUCACAUCAUAUCUCCCGUCAAUCAUGCAAGCAGGCAACCAGUAUAUCAAGUAUGAUCCUAAUUAUGCAGGCGGCGAUGACGACGACGACGAAGAGAUGGCCGAUGAUGAUGAACUCGACGAUGAUGCUGAGAUAGACGAGUACUCGGACGACGAAGACACUUCUUACAAGAUCCGUCGGGCGGCGACCAAGCUCCUGGCGGCUGUGAUUGGCACUCGCCCGGAACUGCUCGCCUCGAUUUACAAGGAGGUUUCUCCCGUACUGAUAACGAGAUUCGGAGAUCGCGAAGAGACCGUUCGAUUGGAGGUCUGGGCGACAUACGUCACGUUACUGAACCAGACUGCGGUUUAUGGCGGAUUGUCUCAGAAGGACGGCGAGACAGUGAGCCAGCGAGGGAAGCGAAAGCGUGAUACUGAUGAGAUCAUGGACGUUGAAGAGGGACCCUACUCACUACUCAAGGCGCAGGUUCCCAGUCUCUCCAAGUCCCUCUUGAACCAGCUGAAGUCCCCUCGAACGUCUUCAGCAACGCUGCAGGCUGGCUUCAAGCUCCUCCAAGCUCUUCUCCAUGUUCUCCCCGGCUCUCUCGGCACCCAGGUCGCGCUAAUCAUCUCAACAUCGCACUCUGUUCUUUCGCAAUCCCCUACUACUUCAUCUGCGACGCUGCAUCUAACAUGUCUAACAUUCCUUGCGCUUUUCUUUGCCACCCAUCCUCCUUCUUCGUUCGCAUCGUCUCUUUCUGGGCUUAUGUCCGAUCUUUUGAAAUCGUUACGUGAACGCCAUCCCCGAAUUUCAUCUGAAUCAUUCCGCGUGUUCUCCGCACUGCUCGGCACCUUGAAGCCCGCGAAAGGAACUGACUGGGUUACUACAGUGUACAACGAGGCUGUCAAUAAACUGGGGAACCACGACACAGACGCGGAAGUCAGGGCUUGCGCGGAGGACUGCAUUGCCGAUUUGUGGAUACACGCUACGGAGACGAUGAGGGAUAAGAGCCGCAAGGAGUGGGAAGCCAUCUGCAGGACUAGUGGGAAGACGGACGGCGCGGUGCGGGUCGUGACCAAAGUAGCGAGGGAGGUCUCUGUGGAUGACGGCUGGGCCAACGGCUGCGUUGACUGGUGUACAUCCUUGCUUCGUAAGAGCGGCAGGUUGGAAAAGGCCGAGAUCUUCGUCGCGCUAGAUGUGUUGUUGCGGAGCUACUCUGCCGGCAUUCCUGCAGAUAUCGUGCCCAGUUUGCUGCCUCAAGUCAAAUCGUACAUCACCACCUCCGAUAUCCCCCUCCUUUCUCAGGCCCUGACCAUAGUCGCCUUGCUCCUCGAACUCGCCCCUUCAACCACAUUUCCUAUGGUCGAACGGGAGAUUCUUCCCGGCAUCUACCAGAUCGCGCAUUCCCCCUUGCUAGCAGGAGCCGCAUUGGAGGCGAUGCUCGCCUUCUUCGAGGCACUUGUGAUGGCCGACAACCAGAUCGCGACGCAUGUGGUACCCAGCCUCGUCAUUUCCGUAGAGAAGGCGCCAAAGGCGGAUGCAAGCCCGGCGAACGUAUCCAAGUGCGUAGCGCAAGUGGUGAAGAGUCAGCAAGGCGUCGCUGCUGGGACAAUAGCUGAAUACUCCAAACACAUCAAGAAGACCAGCAAGGCCAAACCUUCCCUCGUGGUCCUCAGCCUUCUCAUUCUGGGAGAACUUGGUCGGUUCAUUGACAUGUCGCCGCAGCAGGAGAUUUUCGCAAACGCAAUUGAGUUGUUUUCAGCUGAGCAAGAGGAGAUUCGCGCUGCUGCUGCCUUCGCUGCUGGUAAUAUCGCCAUUGGAAACCUACAUCAAUUCCUUCCUGUGAUCGUCAAGCUUGUUGAGAAGGAUCCUAAGAAGAGGCUUCUCUCAUUGCAUGCGCUGAAAGAGGUCGUGACACAUUGCUCCCACGGGCAAUUGGAGGGUGUUGCAGAUACACUGUGGGUCCCUCUCUUUGAAAACUCGGAAAACGCGGAGGAGACUACGCGCAAUGUCGCCGCUGCCUGCCUCGGCAAGCUUGCCACUACGCAUCCCUCAAAAUACCUUCCCCAGCUUCAUACCCGCAUUCGCGACGAGAGCCCUGCUACGCGUGCCACCGUUGUCGCAGCAAUCAGAUACACGUUUGCGGACACUACACAAUCCUACGACGAGGUUUUGGCACCCUUGCUUGUGGAUUUCCUAUCCGUCAUGACUGAUGAAGAUCUCACCGUCCGACGGCUGGCGUUAUCCUCUCUCAACAAUGCCGCGCGCUCUAAACCACAUUUGAUCCGUGAACAUCUCGCAUCACUGUUGCCGAACCUAUACAAGGAAACCACCAUCAACCCCACCCUUAUUCGCACAGUGCAGAUGGGCCCGUGGACGCAUAAAGUCGACGACGGUCUUGAAACUCGGAAGACAGCGUACGAGACGAUGUACACACUGUUGGACACCUGCCUCACGAAACUCGACCUUCACGAGUUCUUGUCUCGUGUCAUUCCUGCGCUUUCCGACGAGUCAGACGAGAUCAAAGUGCUUGCGCAUAUGAUGCUGUUCCGUCUCGCGCAGGUUGCACCUGCAGCCGUAGCUCAGCGGCUGGACGAAGUCACCCCGCCUAUAGAGAAAACGAUGAAAGGGAUAAAUAUCACGAAGGACACUGUGAAACAGGAUAUAGAGCGUGCGGCGGAACUUCAACGCAGCGCGCUGAGGGCUGUCAUUGCCCUUGCCCGUGUUGGCGCCGGUGUCAGCCAGAGGUUCGAUGCCUUCGUGGAGGAAUUGAGGCGGGGAGGACAAUGGAGCGCUGAAUUCAAAGAAUUGACACCCGGAAUCUGA